AUGUCUCAAGCUCUCUCUGCGCCACCAUGGGAUAAGCCCGAACCGAACCUCGCCAGCAUGCCGACCGAGAUCAUGGAGAAAAUUAUUGGUUACGCCGUUCCGCACUACUUCACAAUCAACGCAAUGUAUCGCGAAAAAAGCCGAAAGCAACAUAACCCGUUCAAAUGGGAGCCAUCGUACCUCCCUAAUCUCCUCCUGGUCUCCAAAUCCAUUGGUAAUACUGCUCGCAAGGUCUUCUCCGAACGCGUCAAAUUCAGUCUCUGGCUCCGAAUGGAGACUCUCGACUAUGCGCCCCUCUUCCAUCCUUCGCCUUAUUUCUGGGACAAAAUGCCGGCUGUUGUUGGGAGGAAGCUCGAGAAGCAUUUCAAGACGGUGUUCGCGAGGGGUGGACAGGUCACAACGGCUAACUCUGGUCUGGUCGCGAGGUUGAAAGCGGGUGCUGGAGAUGACUGGUCUCCUCAAUGGACCUCCGUGGACAAUUGGCCCCAUUGA